UCUUUUCCUAUUAGAUGUUAUCUUUCCUUUUAUGUAUUUAGUAGAUUUCCUAUUUUAUGUAGGAUUAGGAUAAAUAAUCUUUCCAUUUAUCUCUAUCUUGUAAUCCUUAUAUAAGGAUGAUUAAUAAUAACACAAAAUAUUCAGUCUAAAACAAAUUGUUCACAACAAAGCAACGCAUAUAUAGACAUGGUUUAUAGCUAACCCUAAAAAGAAAAAAAGAGAGAAGAAAAGAGCAAAUAGAGAUCUGCCGCGGACACAUAUUAGGUUGUUUCUAUCUUUUCAUUCACAGAAGUUUCUCUCAGCCCUUAGCCAGAAACCAUGUCCUAUUUGCCGCUGGUGUUGCCUUCUGCUCACUAUGCCAAUACAUUCCCAGCCGCACACACAGGUGUCUUCUGGGACCUCAAUGAUUUCCCAAUUCCAUGUCUCGAUCCCCAUGUGGUUUAUGAGAAUAUCAAGUCAACUCUUCUCAAUAAGGGUUACUUGGGACCCGUGUCUAUAUGGUUGUACGCGAAUCAUGAAUCCCAGAUACAGAAGGAUUAUAAGGAGGAUUAUGAGUCUGCUGGAUUCAGAUUCUGUUUCGAACCUGCAGACACGAGAGAUUAUAGAAUGUCAGUGGACAUGCUAAUAUGUGCACUGGAUCAUCCAUCUUCAAAUCUGAUGGUACUCGCAGAGGACUUCAAAGAGGAAGAUGCAGUCUAUAAUAUUUACCUUUUGCACCAUAGAAGACAAAAUAUCUUCUUAGCAUACCAACAGCAAGUAGAACCAAGCCUUUGUACUGAAAGCCCACGGUGGCUUUAUGAAAGUGUCUUGCAAGCUGUAGAUCAACAAGGCGGCCAACAUGUUGACAAAAAGAACAAGACCACCAUCAGAAUCAUCAACACCCCAAUGCCGACCUUAGACGUAGCCGGAAGCUUCGUCAGAUCACGGGUUCAUACUACACAUGCCAUCUGGGACGCCGUGGAUUCCGCAGCACUUCAAGAUUUGGAACCUGUCAUCUCUGCUGCCAAUAUCGAUGCAUUUUUUAUGCUUAGAGGUCUUCCUCCUCCUAAUUUUACCAAGGUGUUUGCUGAUGAGGAUGCCCUCCCUCAACAUCUCAUCACAGAAUAUCUAGGUUCCAGUCUCCAUGUCGAUAUCAUCCCCAAAGGAAAUAUGCGUGUCAGAAUUCAAAAAAUUGCAAAGUUCAUUCUUUUCAAUGCAUUGACUCAUCGUAGCAAACCAACAACCUUGCUUGUACUCUCCGAAGACAUUCUUGAAGACCCUCUUUUCAUGACUGUUUAUGAAGCUGUGAAAUCGAAAGGUUUCACUCUCUUUUUUCAGCCGCCCAAGUCCAUAUUAGCGUCAGAGUUAUAUUUGGAUCCCAGAUUAGGAAGUUGGUUCUGAUUGGACUUUUCAUGUUCCUUUCUUCGAAAUAAGCUAUUCAUGGUCACUGCCCUUGUUUGUUUUUUUCUUUAGUUUAUUUCAAUGCAGUUUGAAUACUUGUCUUGUAAAAUAUAACUUAUUGUGCUCCUCCCUUAUGGUUACAUUAUCUAAUAAUGUAUGGUUA